ACAGAGCAGGUAUGCCCUCUCAAAACAAUUAUAUGGCACCUUAGCCUCUAAUUCUAUUUUUGAGACACUAUAACUAGGCACUAUAACUGACAACUUACCUAUUUAGGCCUGUUGAUGAAACCUUGGGAGGUUAUCUUGAGAAACUGGGAUAGUUGGUAGACUGUUGAUACACAUCAAUUCUCUGUUUGCUUUUUACUUGUUUACAUAUUUUCAAGACCAUGAUUGGCUUUUGAACCGCGACAGCCUCAUAGCAACACGUAUCAGAUGACCCCUCCACUCCAACCUCGAAUUUGGACAUGCCCUUAAAGAACUUUAUUCUGCAAUACCUAUUGUAAUAAUGCUCUUUUUUCUCUAAUCAAAAGGCUACCUGAUCCCUUCUCAUAAGCUUCACCUUUUUAUUGUGUAUGACAUAUAAAAUGAUUUUCACACGCGAUGACUAUACGGUCGCAUGGAUCUGCGCCUUGCCGCUGGAAAUGGCGGCCGCAAAGGCCAUGCUGGACGAGGUUCACCCUCCGCUCCCCCAGCCAGAAACUGACCACAAUGUCUAUAUACUUGGGAGUGUUAGCAGCCACAAUGUAGUGGUGGCCCCCCUGCCAUCCGGUGUGUACGGAACCAUAUCUGCUUCAACUGUGGUAUCACACAUGGUUUCUACCUAUCCAAAUAUCCGAUUUGGGUUGAUGGUGGGUAUUGGUGGCGGAGUCCCGAGCCAAAGUGCUGAUAUUCGCCUUGGUGACGUUGUAAUCAGCAAGCCAACUGCCACUUCAAGUGGUGUUAUCCAAUAUGACUAUGGCAAGACACUUCGUGAUGGACGAUUCCAGCAUACCGGGUCGCUUAAUAAACCGCCUUCAGUGUUGUUGAAGGCUAUAUCUCAAUUAGAGAGUGAUUAUAUGACAGGGAAAAGGCCGGUUAGUAAGAUCUUGAGUGAUAUACAGCAUAAAUUUGAAGAGAUGAGAGAAAAAUUUUCGCGACCGAAAGAUGACUGGCUAUUCCGAUCAACAUACAAUCAUGAGAAUAGUGUACACAACUGUUCAGCAUGUGAUCUGACCCAGUUAGUGAACCGUCCCAGGCGGAUAACUGAAGACCCUUACUUUCAUUAUGGCUUGAUCGCUUCCGGAGAUCAGGUCAUGAAAGAUGCCAAGACUCGAGAUUCUAUUGCUCAGGAUCUAGACAUACUCUGUUUUGAAAUGGAGGCUGCUGGGCUCAUGGACGAACUCCCAUCACUUGCCAUUCGAGGCAUCUGUGACUACUGUGAUUCCCACAAAAAUAAACAGUGGCAAGGAUAUGCGGCCCUUGCUGCUGCUGCCUACGCAAAGGCUCUCCUGUCAGUGGUUCCCAUUUACUGCGACAAGAAGAAAUCACAUAAAUUAAGGGAAUCAGUUUGGAUGGUCCCCUUUAGAAGGAACCCGCUAUUCGUAGAUCGGGAGGAAGAAAUUAGCAGAAUUGAAGGAUUAAUCACGCAACAGGAUGGACCUGGCAAAGUUGCUAUCUGCGGACUAGGUGGAAUUGGGAAGACUCAGAUUGCACUUGAACUGGCAUACCGCACACGAAAUCGAGACCCUGAAUGCUCGAUUUUCUGGAUCACAUGUACCAGCUAUGAGAGUGUGGAACAAGCCUACAUAAAUAUCGCCUCAAAGCUAGGAAUAGCUAACAUAAACUUGACAGAGGCGAAAGAAAAAGUCAAGGCUUAUCUCAGCCAGAAAAGUGCUGGGAGGUGGCUUCUUCUUUUCGAUAAUGCAGAUGAUAUGAGGAUGUGGAGCAAGGAUAAUCCUAGUACUCCAGUACUGACAGACUUUCUACCUCAAUGUGAGCAGGGCCAUAUUAUUUUUACCACACGCAGCCGGAAGGUAGCUGUGAAACUGGUGUCUUCUCAUGUGAUAACAAUCUCUGAGCCGCAUGCAGAGACUGCUGUCAAAAUUUUACAAAACUCACUGAUUGAAAAAACCUUACUUAAUGAUCAUGAUACAGCCAUUACUCUUCUUGAGCAGCUGGCCUUUCUCCCGUUGGCGAUCACCCAGGCAGCAGCGUAUAUCAAUGAAAAUAGCAUUGACCUCGCUGACUAUAUUGUUCUUUUACAGGAGGAGGAGCCAGACGUGAUUGAAUUGCUGAGUGAAGACUUCGAGAAUGAAAGCCGAUACAAGGACACCCAGAAUCCUGUUGCUUUGACCUGGUUUAUCUCCUUUCGGCAGAUUCAGCGAUCAAAUGAACUCGCGGCAGACUAUCUAUCAUUCAUGGCCUGUAUCAAUCCUCGCAAUAUUCCACAAUCUUUACUUCCCCAGCCGAACUCGAUUAAGAAAAAAAUUGAAGCCAUCGGCCUCCUCAAGGCGUUCUCCUUUGUUAGCGAGGGGGAUGGGGACCGUUUUUUAAAUCUCCACCAACUAGUCCAUCUUGCAACUCGGAACUGGAUAAGAAAGAGGCAACAGUUUAGCCUGCAAAUAUUGAAAACUGCAGACCGAUUGAGCGAAGUUUUCCCGGACAAUGACCACACCAAUCGGAAGGUGUGGCGGGAAUAUCUACCUCAUGCGUUUUCACUAAUAGCAGAAUCUGUGUUUCGAAAGGAACAGGAGAAAUACAUUAAUUUUAUUGUGAAUAUUGGGGGAUGUCUGUAUAGUGACGGCCGAUGGAAGGAAGCGGAGGAGCUGCAGCUACAGGUGAUGGAGCUCGACAAGCAAGUGCUGGGACCAGAGCAUCCAGACACUCUGGCCAGCAUGCACAACCUGGCAUUAACAUACCAGNNGGCCGAUGGAAGGAAGCGGAGGAGCUGCAGCUACAGGUGAUGGAGGUGCACAAGCAAGUACUGGGACCAGAGCAUCCAUCCACUCUGGGCAGCAUGCACAACCUGGCAUUAACAUGGAAACUACUAGGAAAGGUUCAAGAUGCCUUAGCUCUAAUGGAAAAGUGUGUAGGGCUCCGCCGCACCUUGUUAGGUCCAAAUCACCCAUAUGCCAUAUCCUCCUCUAACGUUCUUAGAGAGUGGGAAAGAGAAUUGA